CGAUGAGACGAAAGUAUUCAGCUUGUGGAUGAAUAAUAGUGUAUGAGGUCUUGACUCGUGGAUGAGAACCAUUCGAUCGUUCGAGUCGUGAUCGUUUCCGUUUACUUGAGAGGUUUCUCUAUCCCACGGGCGCGGAGAUCAUGCUGCUGGACCACCAAAGUUUUCUCUUCCCCUAACACACGACAAUAAAUCGUCAACCCUCGAGGCGGCUGAUAUAUAUCUGGGACUCUCCCAUGAAGCUUGAUCGAAAGGCUCACAAAAUCAGUCCGCCGUUGAUGUUUUAUCUCCAGAAGUUUAUAUCUUCAUCUACAAGGGUGGCCUAACAAUAAUGUUGCAAAUGGGCACAUAGACCAUAUUCAAAUAGGAAGGUGGCAGGAACGUUAAUUGCUCCUUUAAACAAAUAGGUUGCCCUUUGAAAUCUCCACAUCAUGGAGCACAAGUUGCACAACAGCUUUCGGCGAACCACAAGUUCGCAAAUGGGAUUUGGUGCGCACCAAUCGUAGAUACGAGUGGACAUGCAUGCGCAAUUGCGUGUACAACUGAGGCAAACGUCAGCACGACAAUCCUUCCUCAGCCCAUCUUCUGUUUGUAUUGUAUUUUAACUUUCGUUGGUUAUUUUUGUUGGUUUUUUGUGUUGAAUCCUCAAAUGCGAUUUUGUGUUAAAGACAGAUAGUACGGCAUUGGUUGUCUAUAUUAUUUUUAACAUUUGUCUCAUUUUUUGGCUUCCCUGCUCAGUGUACAGUGUGUCUCGCGACAAGAUGUCACGAGCGGGCAUAGAGGAAGAGGGGCUGCCAGCGGAAGAUAGAUUGGAUGAAUUGGAUUAUAUGGAUAUGGACGAACAAUUUCUCGAAGACAGCGAGACUUCUUUACUUCGAGAAUCAGAUGCGAAAGAGAAAGAUGCGAUGGAAGUUGGGAAUUUAUACUUAAUGUGUCUGGCCAUCAGCACUGGCGGACUUCAAGUGAUAUGGACGGCCAUUAUGUCUCAAGGCUCUCCUUAUCUGGUCUCGCUCUCGGUUCCCAGCUACCUCAUAUCCCUAGUUUGGCUCGCUGGUCCCCUCUCUGGUGCUAUCGUUCAACCAUACAUCGGCAUUCUAUCUGAUCGCUCUCAACACUAUUUCGGCCGCCGUCGACCAUUUAUUAUCAUAGGUACUGUCGCAACCAUUGUCUGUAUCCUCGCACUUCCUUGGACAACUGACCUGAUAUCAUACCUCUUUGCCUUUUUUGGAAGCUCCCCCGUAGGUCGCAGCGCAAUGAUAUGUAAAGGGCUUACCGCAGCUGCUUGGAUAUGGGCUUUGAAUAUCGCAAUUCAACCCGUGCAAGGGGGACUAAGGGCAAUUAUCGUAGACUGUGUUCCGCCGAAACAACAGGUAAAAGCUUGCGGAUAUGCGAGUGCUGCCGCCGGGAUUGGUUCAAUUUUAGGGUACACUGCCGGCUAUGUUUCUCUGCCGAAAUAUUUACCAUGGCUUGGCGACACUCAAUUAAAAGGGCUUUGUCUGAUUGCUUCCGUGGCAUUGGGUUCAACUGUUGCGGUGACCUGCUUUACGGCAAAAGAAAAACGUUUUGUAGAUUUGGAUGCGAGUACAAAAAAGCAAAGUUUCACAGGGAACUUACGUCAAAUUCUUAGCAGCAUAAAGACGUGUCCGCCAGAGAUCAGGAAGAUUUGCGUGGUUCAAUUUUUUGCUUGGAUAGGCUGGUUUCCGUUUUUAUUUUAUAUAACCUCAUACCUAGGCGGUCUUUAUGAAGCAGAAUACACCGCGAUAUCCAAAAAGGAAACUCCUACUAUCGCAUUUCCUACCACAUCAUCUCAUUCCAUCCGCCAUGCAACAUUUAUCAUGAUUCUCUUCGCCCUCGUUGCACUCAUCUCAAACCUGAUACUCCCUUUAUUCAUCUCGCCCUCCUCCAUCAGUUCUAAAGAUCAGAAACCCACUUUCAUCUCCCGCCUCCACGUCAAAUUUCUCACCCUUCCCCACGUCUGGACACUCUCUCAUAUCCUCACCACCCUUCUCACUAUAUCUACCUUACUAACAUCGGCCUUUGUCUCUACCUCGAUCCUUGUUAUCUUCCUCGGUAUCUCCUGGGCCACCAAUACUUGGAUUCCUCUUGCCCUCAUCUCAACUGAAAUUUCGCGAUCUCAACAUCGCUCCCGCUCCGCUACCUCCACUCCUUCCAUCCCCCUCUCCCAAAUAGCUCAACCUGCCUCUUCAUCCCACAAACGAAAUAGAAUCCGAGAAGAGUUACAAGCAGGCACAAUAAUGGGCCUCUACAACAUGGCAAUUGCUUUACCGCAAAUCAUCGCUGCGUUACAGGGCAGUCUAGUAUUUUGGGCAUUAGGAGAGGUUGGAGUUGUUGGAACAGAAGCAAUGGGUUGGGUUAUUAGACUGGGAUGUUUGGGGAGUAUUUUUGCUGCUUGGUUAGCUGAUUCAUUAUGAAUUACGCCGUUUACGAAUAGAUGGGAAUUUUUGGGCAAUGGGUGGUGUUCAGGUUCUUAGGAGUUUUGGGAUAGAACUUGCGUUUGGCGAUACGUAGUUGUCGUUAUAUUGCUUUGAGAUCAGGCCGAUAGUGUACUGUAGUAGACGUAACACGUAUUCUUGAAAUCAUAUUCCUAUCAAAUUUGCCCCGAUUCUAACACAUCAAUGUCUCCAUUCAAUUCGUACUUCUUUUUCCAAUCUUCACUGUUCUUGUGUC